AUGAUCAAUGGUCUUGUAUCUCAUGACAAUGUCACUAUAGCCAAUAACAAUAACAAUAACAAUAACAAUAUCAACGAUAAUAAUCUAAUUAAACAACAACAACAGCAGCAGCAACAACAAUAUAUAAACUAUAACACUCAACAGUUAUCAAUGACAACAGAUUCACCUACAAACAACAACAACAACAACAAUAAUAAUAAUAAUAAUAAUAAUAAUAGUAGUAGUAGUGGCGACACAAAUAAUAAUAAUCAUCAUUCAAUGUUACAUCAUUUCAAUGAAAAUGGUAGCGGAGUAUCAUCAACUACUUCAUUAAUAUUGAAUAGUAAUAAUAAUGGUAGUAGUAGUAACAAUGGUAUGAUGGUGGAUAGUGAUAAUGGUACCAGCAACAACAACAACAACAACAAUAGUAAUAAUAAUACAUAUAGUGAUCAAAAUGAUCCCAACGAAUUUCUUUCGUUCAAGAGUAAGAACAACGACGACGAUGAUACUGCUCUUGAGGAUGUCGACUUUGAGAGUUUCUCUGACGUCGAAAAUGAAUUUAUAAAUAAUAUCGGUAGCAAAGAAGAUGACAUCAUGAGCGAAAAUACUACUAUUACAAAUGAUCAACAACAACAACAACAACAACAACAAAUCGAUGAAAAACAAUAUACAACACCAACUACUACUACCACUGCUGUUUCUUCAUAUCAUAGCACACCACCAAAUAUGUAUACACAACAACAAUUAAAUGAUUCUGUUGUAAAUCAACAACAACAACAACAGUAUCAUACCCCACAACAACCAUUAAAUAGUCCUUAUCAUCCACAGUCACCACCUGUUGCAAAUCAGCAAUAUCAUACUCCACAACAACAACAACAACAGCAACAACAUACUCCACAGCAACAGCAGUAUCAUACUCCACAACAACAACAUUCACCUCUAACUACUGUUACACAGCCACCAAGCAUAGCAACAACGACAACAACAAGUCAUGAUAGUAAUAGUAAUAAUAGUAAUAUACAGGCAACACAUUCACCUAAUUUUAUACAACAACAACCACAACAAAUGUUGAAGCAGACAACACCUAUUCUAGGCAGUAACAACAACAAUAAUAAUAAUAAUAAUAUUAGUAAUUUAUCACCGCACCCAGUUUCACCAAUGGCUACGACACCACCUUCGAUGCCACAAACACUGUCAAUGGCUCAAAUAUCACCCGUUCAAACACAUAUCUAUAAUAAUCAAUCUCCACAACAAACUACUACCACAACUACUACUACUACUACACCACAGCAACAACCACAACAAACAUCCGAUUCCUCGACAUUGUAUAACCAGUUUGCUCAACAACAACAACAGAAGCCAACUACACCAACAACUCCGAAUCAACAACCACAACCAUAUCAAACAAUUGUUACGCCACCACCACAGUUACCUAUGCCUCAAUCAACUCUGCCACUACAGCAGAAACCUAGGGCAACAGUACCACCACCAGCAGCAGUAUCGUCAGCUGCACCAAUCUCACAGCUACCACCGCAGCUCCAACAGUUUCAACAGAGCCAGAUUCCACCUACUCUUUCAUCACAACCCUUUGGCUUUCAGACAUCAACUCCACCCAACUAUCAACAACAACAGGCACAACAACAACAACAACAGGCACAACAGACACAACUACAGCUACUACAACAACAGCAACAACAAUUUAACAAACAAAUUCAUUCGCAAUCACAACCACAACCAACUUAUACUACCAUUACUCAAGCACCUUCAACACUUCCAUUACCAUCAUCACUGACACAAGGAACAAAUUCAUCGACAAUAACAACAACAACAACAUCUGCAUUAGGAGCACAACCGAUUACUUCAACACUUAGCACUACCACUACACCGACACCAACACUUUCAACAACAGGAUUGCCAAACCCACAAAUUCAAGCGAAACCAAUGCCCAUUCCACAUCCUCAACCAACAUCUAUCAAUCCACCACCUCCACAACUUAGUCAUCCAUUUCAAACUAGCCAUCACAACGUUGUUAAUCAACCACCUCCAAACGUCACUGUUACACAUCCGCCACCACCACUACCCACAGCAUCCACUCUAACAGCUCCUCAAACACCUGUAGACGAAAAUGACAAGAAAAAGAAGAGAAAGAGUGAUAAGAUCGAAAAGAAAGAAAAGAAAAAGAGUCAUACUUCUAGCAGUAGUAGCAGCAGCAGUAGCAGUAGUAACAAUAACAGUAGCAGUAGCAGUAGUUCUACCAACAAUAACAACAACAACAACAUUAGUACUAGUAGUAACAGUAAAGACAACAGUGAGAUCGAGAUGUACAAAAAGAAGUUUUUAGAAGUUACUCAUACAAGAAAGUUGGCCACAGAACCAGACUACAAAACUCCAUUCCAAUCAUUUGAAGAUGCAAAGAACAGACUGAGUUGUUUUCAAAUAUUUACUGAAUUGGAAGUUAAUUCAAUCACAGAGGAAAAAUGUAAUGAUAUGCAAGUGGAAACACUUCAGAAUGUCGAUAAGUUGAUAAAGUCAAUACACAAGCUGUCAGAACGUCAGCUAAAGUGUAUGCCUGGCUAUAGAGAAGACCAUUUGAUUCUCGAUCGACUGAUACUCAAAGAUAUACCAGAGUAUAUACAUCAUAGGAAUCAAAGACUGUUUCAGCAGCAUGUCUAUAUGAAACAACAAGCACAACUACAACUACAACAACAGCAACAACUACAGCUACAACAUCAACAACAACAACAACAAUUACAACAUCAACAUCAACAACAACAACAACAACAACAGCAACAUCAAGGCACACCAUUGCUAUCGCCACAACAACACCAUCAUCUACAACAUCAACAGCAACAACAACAACAACCAACUUUGCUAUCAUUACAAAACUCACCACAUCCACCAACCAUAGUAUCUCCACAUGCACAUACAACACCAUCGACACCCAAUAACAUUGCCAGCACAACAACGGUAACGAGUACAACACCUACAUCGGCAACCACAACCAUAAUGACACCGUCCAACCUACAAAGCCCACAGGUCGCACCACUGAUACCAAACAACAACAACAACAACGUAAACCAGCUGACAUCACCUCCACCCACCAACAACAACAACAACAACAACAUGGUUAGUGUGACAAGCCUACCUCCACCUCCAAACUCUAUGAUUUCUUCACCUCUAAUGAAUCAAUCUCCAAAUCAAACACCAACACCCACUCAAAAUACAAUCUCAUCUAAUAUACAAUCACCACCUCAAACAACAACUACUACAACAACAAGUACAAAUGAAAACAAUAAUAACAUUGUAAAUAACAAUGUAAAUAAUAUGUUUUUAGCUUCACACAAUAAUAAUAAUAAUAAUAAUAAUUUAAAAAAUAACAAUUUUUAUAAACCAUCAUCUGAAUCUACCAACAGUGAACAUCAGACACCAUCAUCGCUACCUACUCAACAUGUUACAGUUGUCAAUGGACUGGCACCAGAAUUUUAUUGGAUUACCGAAUUUGAAAAUACCUUUUAG